CUCUGCUGCUCCAUCAGUGGGGAUUCAGCUGCUGUUCAGUUCUGCUGCUCUCUCUUCUCUCUGCACUCUAUAUUAUAUAUUAUAUAUAUAUGUAUUAUAUAUAUUUUAUAUUUUAUAGAUUAAAUAAUGUUUGAGAUUUGAUCAGUGAGAAUCUCAGAGCGCGGAUUGUACCGGGAACACGGUUAUUUUUUAUUUCUUUAUUGUUGUUUUUGUGUUUUCUGCUUUUUAAAUUUCAGUCAUUGUGAAAAAAAACUGGGAUUUUAUCUAAAUUAAAAGGAUUAGCAUUUAUCCUUUUUUAAAAAAUAAUAAUAAUCCGGAGUGUUUGUUCUGGAAUCGCAGGACAGAUCAGAAACUCUCUUUAUGUUGUGAAGAAAACUUGUCCGAAUCCAACUUUUUUUUUUCUGAGGUGAAAAAAAUGCUAAGCUAAUUCGUAUUUAGCGAUUUAGCGAUAGCUAGCUUAGAUUAGCAUAGCUUAGCAUAGCAUGCUAACAUCCCUUCUGAGGGAAAGCGCUCGGACUCGGCUACUUUCUCUCACAGCGAUGCUUCUGACCUGACUGGAUUUAAACAUUUUUAAAACAAAAUUCCUCUUAAAAAGGAAAUAAAAGGCGAAGAACAAAAAGGUGCCCUGGCUGCUGAUUUAUUCACUCUUGUUGGAUGUCUCUUCAUCUGCUGAGCGAGAGCCUGAGACGUGGAUCAUAAAUGAGAAGUGUCUGAGGUGGUGGAGCUUGUGUGUGUGUGUGUGUGUGUGUGUGUGUGUGUGUGUGUGUGUGAGUGAGUGAGUGAGUGUGAGGAUGAGCUCUAAGCGCAGUCUGUUGGUGCGGCUGGUGCCGUGCCGGUGUUUGCGCGGUGAGGAGGAGACGGUCACCUCUCUGGACUACAGCCACUGCAGCCUGGAGCAGGUUCCCAAAGAGAUCUUCAGCUUCGAGAAGACCCUGGAGGAGCUCUACCUGGACGCCAACCAGAUCGAGGAGCUCCCCAAGCAACUGUUUAACUGUCAGCUGCUGCACCGGCUGAGUCUGCCCGACAACGACCUGAGCGUCCUGCCCCCGGCCAUCGCUAACCUCGUCAACCUCCGAGAGCUCGAUGUCAGCAAGAACAGUAUACAAGAGUUUCCUGAAAAUAUUAAGAACUGUAAAGUCCUGGCCAUCGUUGAAGCGAGUGUAAACCCCAUUUCUAAGCUCCCAGAAGGUUUCACACAGCUGCUCAGUCUAACUCAGCUCUACCUGAAUGACGCCUUCCUCGAGUUCCUACCAGCGAGCUUCGGCAGACUGACUAAACUACAGAUUCUGGAGCUGAGAGAGAAUCAGUUAAAGAUGCUGCCCAAGAGCAUGCAUAAGCUGGUGCAGCUGGAACGGUUGGACCUGGGGAGUAAUGAGUUCACUGAAGUGCCGGAGGUGUUGGAGCAGCUCACGGGCAUUAAGGAGCUGUGGAUGGACGGGAACAAGCUGACAGUGUUACCCCCGAUGAUCGGGACGCUGAAGCAGCUCAAAUAUCUGGACGUGUCUAAGAACAACCUGGAGAUGGUGGACGAGCAGAUCAGCAGCUGUGAGAACCUGCAGGACCUGCUGCUGUCCAACAACGCCCUCACACAGCUACCCAGCUCGAUAGGCUCUCUGAAGAAGCUGACAGCUCUGAAGGUGGAUGAGAAUCAGCUUGUGUGUUUGCCAGAGUCAAUAGGAGGACUCACGGCUCUGGACGAGUUGGACUGCAGCUUUAACGAGAUCGAGUCUCUCCCCACCGCCGUGGGAAAGUGUGUGAACCUGCGCACCUUCGCCGCUGACCACAACUUCCUCACUCACCUGCCUCCUGAGGUGGGCUGCUGGAAGAACGUCACUGUGCUGUUCCUGCACUCCAAUAAACUGGAGUCUCUGCCUGAGGAGAUGGGAGACAUGCAGAAGCUCAAGGUCAUCAAUCUGAGCGACAACAAGUUGAAGAAUCUUCCCUACAGCUUCACCAAGCUGAGUCAGAUCACUGCUAUGUGGCUCUCUGAGAACCAGUCCAAACCCCUGAUCCCCCUGCAGAAGGAGGAGGAACCCGACACACACAGAACCGUCCUCACCAACUACAUGUUCCCUCAGCAGAGCCGGACCGAGGAGUACGCUCAGAACUCGGACGGUGAGAGCUUCAACCCGACGCUGUGGGAGGAGCAGCGUAAACAGCGAGCGCAAGUGGCCUUCGAGUGUGACGAAGACAAGGAUGAGAGAGAGGCUCCUCCACGGGAAGGGAACCUGCGGCGUUACCCCACACCGUACCCCGACGAGCUGAAGAACAUGGUGAAAACGGCGCAGUCCGUCGCUCACCGCCUCAAAGAGGACGAGUCCGGAGACGAGACGGCCGGAGAGAGGAACCACAUCGGCGUGCAGAGUGUAGGAGUGAAGGUGAUUGAAACUCCGUGUAGCAACGGCAAAGCGCAUGAGCCGGAGUCCAAAGCUCCGGUCCAGAAUUCCACUCCGCCUGAGCCGAGGGACGUUCCGGAUAACUGUGACACGCAGAGGAUCCCGCUGAAGAGCUCGGAGAACACCGGAACCACCGUCAGCUCCGAGGACACACUCGAGGAAUCGGAGGAGCUGUCGUCUGAUGAAGACGAGAUGAAGAUAGCUGAGAUGAGACCUCCUCUUAUCGAGAUCUCCAUCAACCAGCCCAAAGUGGUGGCCCUCAGCAAGGACAAGAAAGAUGACAGUAAAGACGCCGACUCGUUGCUGGAUGAAACGGUGGCCAACAGCAACCAGAACAACAGUAACUGUUCCUCACCGUCCCGCAUGUCGGACUCGGUGUCUUUAACCACAGACAGCAGCCAGGACAACUCACUGUGUACUCCUGAGAGAGAGACCAAGAUCCCCCUCAUCCCCAAGAGCAGACACGAGGAUGAGAACCUGAACCAGCUGAAGGAGUCGGUUCCACUGCUGCAGAACUGUAACGGCUCAGAGACCUCGCUGCAGACCGUCCUGAAGAACCAGCGCUCCUACGAGAGCAAAACGGGUACCAACAUGUCCGACUACGAGCUGGAGGAGAGGCUGGCGCUCAUCGAGAAGGACAUCAACAACGGCGUGUCCGAGCCCUACAGCAAGUGGGAUCAGAUCAACAUGAACGUGUCUUACGAGAACAUGGAGAAGACCAAGAGCACCUCCACGGUGGAGACUAGGCUCAGCAACAACAACGCCAGCUCUGUGGAGAACCUCGACAACGGGAACGGGAACAGCAGAGCGCAGCCGGGGGAAGGCAUGACGAGGCACGAGGUCGUCCGAACGGUCGUGGCGUCCGGCGAAGUGUCUCUGUCUCGCAGCACCGAGGAACUGACCCCUGAGAAGAGAUGUCCUCCAGCUACUGUGAUGAAAUCUCAGAGCAUCAGCAACAUGGAGGCCGGAGGAAUGAAGCUGUACUCCAUGGAAUGUGAGGUUCCUCCGUAUGAGUGUGUAGUGGGUUCUCCGGCUGUCCCGGGCCCCCAGUGCCAGAGCAUCGUGCGUUCCAAAUCAGCCUCGCUGCUCGACGACCAGCCGCUGCAGGUCCACCCUGGUUCCUCGGGUUCCUCCUCUGACCUCCUGAGCGCCGGCUCCAGAGUUCCGGCCCGCUACCCCCCACCUCAGUAUAACAUCCAGUACGCGAGCGGCACCGCGCCUAAAGAGAACCUCUGGUGCCAGCGGACCCCAGUGCCCCCUGAUCAGCCCUACCUCCCUCCUCAGCACUCCUUCGCCAACACCAACUACUCCAACCGCAACAACGCGCCGCCGUACCCCCACCAGCCCCAGCAGCGCGGCCCACCCAAAACACCGGACCUGUGGGCGAAGGAUCGCAUGCUGCCCCCCGGCGUGCAGAGAAACCCCCUGCAGAGGCAGAGCAGCACCUCCUCCAACGCCUCCAUGGUCAUGGCGGAACCUCGCCGCGUCCCCGGCGCUGACGGUGACUACGUGAGCUACAGAGAGAUCCACAGCAUGCCCCGAGCUCCUCUGCAGAUGAACCUCCAGAGACCCCUGUCAGCCCGCACCUACAGCGUGGACGAGGGGAACGCGCCACGCCCGCACAGCGGCCGCCCUCCACCGCACGAGCUCCCCGAGAGAACCAUGUCCGUCUGCGACUUCAGCUACCAGCACGGCAGCCCGAACAAGAGGCCCAGCGUCCGCGUGAAGUCCGAGCACUCGCUGCUGGACGGAGCUCCAGGUGGAGGUGGCAGGGUCCCGGCUGACUGGAGAGACCAGGUCAUGAGGCACAUCGAGGCCAAGAAGAUGGAGAAGAUGACCAUGCUGUCUCGGUCUUUGGCCACGCUCUGUGGCAGUCAGAGCUCUCUGGCCCUGAGCGCUGUAGAUGGACGGCAGUUUGGAGGCCACAGGCCCAGCGAUGAGAGUUUUGGCCCUUAUGGACAGCAGGGCUACACCAUGGACUCUCACAGAAAAGUGCCUUUGAUGAACGGUCAGAUGUGCGCUCCUCCUCCUGCUCCUCUCCGCUCGCAGAUGAACUGCGCUCAGGUUCCGAUGGCUCGUCAUCCGUCCAGAGAGCAGCUCAUCGACUACCUGAUGCUGAAGUGUCCCAGCAGCCGCCGUGUCCCCCCGCGUCACCCCCACGACACCCUGCCGCACGAGAUGCAUGUGAAGAUUGAGAAGAAUCCUGAGCUGGGCUUCAGUAUAUCGGGAGGAGUGGGAGGACGAGGGAAUCCGUUUCGCCCGGACGAUACCGGGAUCUUCGUGACGAGAGUUCAGCCUGAGGGACCUGCUUCUAAACUCCUCCAACCAGGAGACAAGAUCAUCCAGGCGAACGGAUACAACUUUGUUAACAUCGAUCACGGGAACGCCGUGUCCCUCCUGAAGAACUUCCCCAGCACGGUGGACCUGGUCAUCAUCAGAGACAUGGCAGCGUAGAGACUCCGCAGAACCCGAGAGGUCUGAAUGUUCACUUUUAUUUUUGUACACAGAGGAGGAGGAGGAGGAGGAGGAGUCAUGUACAGCUGAACUGUUGUUAAUGGAAGGAUGUGAGAGUUGUGAUGAAACGGGGCGAAACCACUGCAGCGUGUGGGCGGAGUCUCUGCAGCCGCCUUCACUGUGGGAGAAACAACGCGCUCGACUAAACUGUCAAAUUUUGUACAAUUUUUUUUAAUCAUUCACCACAAAGUACAACAAGGAGAUGGCCAGCAGGGGGCAGGGCUCUCUGUGUGCUGACAUCAGCACGCCUUUAUUUCUAAUUCUGUUAUUUUUAAAUCACGUUUCACUUCCUUCGUAUAUUUUCUUAUUUAAGAGAGUUCUCUGACCUGUGGAGCUGUUGAUCUGGAGGUCAAUGCUACGUGCUGAGAGCAGAUCCUGAAUGUAGACCUGGGGCGCGUUACGGAAAGUCUAACCACAUCCACACGUCUUCACCGGAACGUUCUGUCACGUCUCCAAGACCGGCUUCAGAACCGAGCUGUUCUGUGAAGAACCUCCACCUGAACUGUGUGUGUGUGUGUGUGUGUGUGUGUGUGAGACGUGGAGAAGAGGAACCGAGGAGAAGUUAUGGAGGACGAAAGAGCGCUGAG